GAUAUUAUUAUCUUAUCUGCCUGAUAUCUCAGAGGCAGAUAUGUGAAUAUCUGCCUUAUAUUACUUUACAUACGGCAUGAUGUAGUCAGCAUAUUUAUGUUAAUUUCUAUUUUUUUAUUAUGAAAGUGUGAAAUUCAAGUGUUUGUGUUGGAAUAGUGUGCAGCUGUUAAAAUAUGUACACAUACGGAGCUGGCUCAUCCUCAGACCGGCCUUACCAUGGCUUUCCGUACCUGAACUCCGUGGUGAACGAUGUGCCCACCAUUGAUGCAGAGACGUCAGCUCGGUGGAACAAGCUGCCAAGGAGAGCUGAUGUCCUGUCCGGGGGAGAGACACAGCCUGGAGGGAGCGAUGGGAGUGGACAGACAAACACAGUCGAGGGAGAGGAGACACCAGAACCUACCACAGAGGAACUGGCAAAGGUAGACUAUGACGCGAAUCCGGUGGUCUACAUUGAUGUUCCUGAGAGCAGCGGGAGUCAGGUGGCUGAACAGAGAAGGCCACCGGUGGAAGAAUCUUUUGUGCAGCAAACCAUCUUCUACGACCAGUUCAAGGAUCAGGUGGUGACAGUGCCAGAGCCUGGCAGCAGCUCCAGUAGCACUUCUAGUGGAAGCACCAGCAGGCCUGUUAGGAGAGCACCACCUAUUACUUUGAGCCUUGGCUCUCCUGAGAGUGGCUUUUCCUCACAAGGAAACACUCCAGGAGCGCCGGCCAUCAUGGCCAAAGAAGUAGGCAUAUACGGGAGGUACCAGACUGACUCACUCUACGGACAAGCAAGGCCUGAAGUCCGGGAGUUUCCGAAUCCUCCUCCAGCGUAUACGGAGAUUGAUACACUGUCUGCUUCGACACCUACUGCUGCUGCCCAGACGCCUCCAACUAGUAGUCCAGUUUCAACGGCAGAGGAGGCCCCGGAACAGCCAAGGACUCAAGUGAUUGUGCCUCUUGCACAAGAGACGAAAAAUCCUACUAUGAUUUACUGCAAGCACUGUGACGUCACUGCUCCAAGCUUCAGCAUCAUGCAGGUCGGCUUCGCUACUCAUAUGCUGGCACUUACGUUAAUUUUGUUCGCACUGUUCCCUUUGCUGAUUCUCCUGUACUGCUUCGAUUAUUUCCGAUAUAGAAACCAUUACUGCAAAUUCUGCAACAAACUGGUGGCGUACGAAAUACCCUUCCUGUGCAAAGGAUUAACGUACAACGACUGAUGUCAUGGCGUCUGUCAAAUUGACAGCGCGGGAAAAAUAAAAAGUUUUCUGAUUCUGCCGGUAGAGGCGCUACCAGCGUAUUU